GGUAGGGCUUAUAUUGCAGCCCACCCCGAUAAUCCAGCUAGGGCUUAUUUUUGGGGUAAGUCUUAUUUUCGGGGAAACACGGUAAUAGGGAAUACAGGCUGGGUUAUACAGAGUAAUAGGGGAUACAGGCUGGGUUAUACGGAGUAAUAGGGGAUACAGGCUGGGUUAUACGGAGUAAUAGGGGAUACAGGCUGGGUUAUACGGAGUAAUAGGGGAUACACGCUGGGUUAUACGGAGUAAUAGGGAAUACAGGCUGGGUUAUACGGAGUAACAGGGGAUACAGGCUGGGUUAUACAGAGUAAUAGGGGAUACACGCUGGGGUUUAUAAUGGAGUAAUAGGGAGCUGGGUUGAGUAAUGGGGACUGGGUGGUAUAUACGAGUAGGGGAUACAGGCUGGGUUAUAUGGAGUAAUAGGGGAUACAGGCUGGGUUAUACGGAGUAAUAGGGGAUACAGGCUGGGUUAUACGGAGUAAUAGGGGAUACAGGCUGGGUUAUACGGAGUAAUAGGGGAUACAGGCUGGGUUAUACGGAGUAAUAGGGGAUACAGGCUGGGUUAUAUGGAGUAAUACAGUAGGCAUUGAAGUGUGAACAUGUAUAAAAAAAAUAGAAGUUCCCAAAGAGUAUCAAGGAGCGUGUAGAGGAACUUGUGGAGAAGGAAGUGGUGAAAACGAUAGUAAUAAUGUUCCUGCUCUCUCUUUCUAGGCUCCGAGCACUAUCCAGCGGGGGUUCUAUCUCAUCCCCCCCUCCAUCACCUGCUAUGCCAAAGUAUAAACUUGCUGAGUAUCGCUAUGGGCGAGAGGAGAUGUUAGCACUUUAUAUAAAGGAGAUCAAGGUGGGUGAAAGAAUCUGUGGGCAGUUACUUUUUUGUCAUAUUUAUAGUGACAUACACAGUAUAAAAUCUUAGUGACCGGGGCAAGCUGCUGUUCCCCCGAGAUGUUGGGAUGUACCAGGUGGACGUAUAGCUGGGGAGUCUCCAUUAUUUCAAGAUAUGUGAGGUGUUUCAGCUUUCAGAUAAGCUCUAAAUUAACUCCAAUUCUGUGCUCAGUAGCCUGGAUUCAAACAUGUUAAUUGGCGACUUGACUUGUGUGAUAUAUUCCUAAAAUAUUCUAAGUUACCUGAAGUACUCUUUAGGCCCAUUUCCAUUAGUUUAAAUUCAGCACUAGGGAGGGUGUUCUGUAGCAAUCUCUGUCUGUCAGGUUGUCUUUGCUGCUGGUAAUCUUGUAGAAAGGAUCCCUAGUAGUAAUGUGUGCAUGAAAUCUGCAAAUCUAUUCUGAUUAAUGUAUUUUAUAAACUGAUACAAAGUAAUAACCCCUUACCAUACUGUGCUAUACAAAGGUUCCAGAGGAGAUGCAAGAUAAGGAAUUUGCUGUGAUUUUAAAUGAGGAGCCCCUGCAGCCACUCGCCCUUCUCCCACUCACUGAAGAGGAGCAAGUAAGUGAUUCAAAGACUGGCUUCGUUGGUGCUAUUAAACUACUGCGGGUGUAUCACACGCAAACUUUACCAAUCUAUGUCUCUCCCUCUCCCUCUAGAGAAACUUUUCCUUGUCUGUGAACAGUGUUCCAGUCCUGAGACUGAUGGGGAAGGGAGCAGCAGCCCCUCCUGGUGGUGUAGCGAGAGGCAGGGGCACUGCCCGUGGACGGGGUAAUGUAUUUUAAGCUCUCUAAGACUUCCACUAUUUCCUGAUGUGUACCUUAAAGGGACAAUAUAGUCACCUAAAAAAACUUUAGCUUAACCCCUUAAAGGACCACUAAAGGUACCCAGACCACUUCAGCUCAAUGAAGUGGUCUGGGUGCCAGGUCCCUCUAGUUUUAACCCUGCAGCUGAAAACAUAGCAGUUUCAGAGAAACUGCUAUGUUUACAUUGAGGGUUAAUCCAGCCUCUAGUGGCUGUCUCACUGACAGCCGCUAGAGAUGCUUCCGCGAUUCUCACUGUGAAAAUCAGUGUGAAGACGCUGGAGUUCCAUAGGAAAGCACUGAGCAAUGCUUUCCUAUGGGCGGUUUGAAUGCGCGCGUGGCUCUUGCUUCGCAUGCGCAUUCAGAUCUGACGUCGGCAGAGGGAGGAGAGUUCCCCAGCGCCGAGUGAGCUUUGCCAGGUAUAUGUGGACAUUGAAGGGGCACAUUUCCGACACCGCCAUUGCAGUUUUUUUCAAUCUUUGAAUUUUUUUACGCUGUGUUGUGACCCCCCUUUUUUUUUUUUUUUUUUUAGCAGGCUACAUAGUCCAACAACACCAAAAAGCAUACUAUUUCUUAAAGAAGACAUCCCAGAUUAAUUCAAAAGGCAUAUUUUGAACCUUAACCUGAAAUAUUUCCGCUAGCUUGUACCAAGUAUAGUGGUAAUAAGCAUUUUUCUGCAUUAUUGACACACACAGUGAGUUUGUACUGUAUGUUUUGCAAACCUUAUGUGUGCUUCGGCUCUAUAAUACUUCAUAUGUUUCUCAGCUAUGUUGUCGGAGUACAGCAAUACCCCUUAUGUUCCUUUGCCAGGUAUAUCCGGACAUUGAAGGGGCACAUUUCAGACACAGCCAUUUAAGUUUUUUCAAACUUGGACUUUUUACGCUGGGUCCAUACCCCACUUUGGAGUUUUUUUUAAGUAGGUUAAUUAUUCCCACUACCCCAUAAAGGCAUACCAUUUCCUAAAGAAGACACCCUAGGGUAUUUUAAAAAUACAGAUUUUGGACCUUAGCCUGAAAUCAUUUUCACGCUAGCUUGUAGUGUAGUGGUAAUAAGCAUUUUUCACACACACAAUGAGUAUGUAAUAUAUAUUUUGCAAACCUUAUGUGUGCUACAGCAGUAUAAUACGUCAUAUGUUGCUCACCUAUGUCAUCUGAGUACAGCAAUACCCCCGUAUGUACCUUUACCAGAUAUAUGGCAAGGUUGAAAGGCAUAUUUGAGAAGCCAUUUGAGUUUGAAUUUUUACGCUGGGUCCAUGCCCCACUUUGGAAUUUUUUUAAUAGGUUGUGUUUUCCAAUUACUUCACAAAGGCAUACCAUUUCCUAAAGAAGACACCUCAAGGUGUUUCAAAAGACAUAUUUUAAACCUUGGCGUGGUAUCAUUUCGCUAGCUUGUACCAAGUGCAGAGGUAAUACACAUUUUUCCCUUUUUUAAAUUUUGUAAAAGUGUUUUUUUUUUUUUUUUACUGUUAGCCCCUAACUAGCCUAACAGUAAAAACCCCAAUUUCCCCACUAACUUCUACCCACCCUAGCUAAAUAUUUUACAAAUAUUUAACUAAAUAAAUGUAACCCCUAAGGAUUAAAAAAAAAAAGUUAACCCUCGGGGGUUAAAAGAAAAAAUGAGAUCACAGUGAAAUACUGUUAUCUGUAUUUUGAUCACUGCAGACAGUUAUCAAAGGGCAGGGCAGGGGUUACACUUUAUUUGAAAGAGGUGAGGGGGGGAGGGGGGGGGGUAGGAUUUUAUAACCAACAGGUUUUGUUUUGUUUUUUUACAGCAAGAGACAGAUCAGCAUCAUUCUGUCUCUCUGCACUUCACAACUCACACUGAGCUGCAGGGACGGGUCGGAUUUCACUGCAGCAGUGUGAUCGCGGACUCCCAGUCAGAGCGAUCACAUGGGCUGAAUCGGUGAAACUGCUUGCUGUAGUGUUCCUCUAACACAGACACACUACAAGAACAUUAACCCCAUAAUUGCCACAAUUGUGGCAAUCUGGGGUUCAUUUUCGUAUUGGAUGGAAAUUUUUCGUCCUGCGUCCUUAAGGGGAGUACUGCAAUGACAGAAAACUUCCGUCCAGCAUCCUUAAGGGGUUAAUGAAGCAGUGUAUGGAUCAUGCCUCUGAAGUUUUACUGCUCAAUUAACUGCCAUUUAGGAGUAAAAUCACUUUGUUUCUGUUUAUGCAGCCCUAGCCACACCUCCCCGGGCUCUGACUGACACAGCCUGCAUGAAAAAAAAACUGGUUUCACUUUCAAACAGAUGUAAUUUACCUUAAACAAUUUUAUCUCUUGCUCUGUAAAUUGAACUUUAAGCACAUACAGGAGGCUAUUCAGGGGAUAAGAAAAUCUUAAAGGGACACUAUAGUCACCUGAACAACUUUAGCUUAAUGAAGCAGUUUUGGUAUAUAGAACAUGCCCCUGCAGCCUCACUGCUCAAUCCUCUGCCAUUUAGGAGUUAAAUCCCUUUGUUUAUGAACCCUAGUCACACCUCCCUGCAUGUGACUUGCACAGCCUUCCAUAAACACUUCCUGUAAAGAGAGCCCUAUUUAGGCUUUCUUUAUUGCAUGUUCUGUUUAAUUAAGAUUUUCUUAUCCCCUGCUAUGUUAAUAGCUUGCUAGACCCUGCAAGAGCCUCCUGUAUGUGAUUAAAGUUCAAUUUAGAGAUUGAGAUACAAUUAUUUAAGGUAAAUUACAUCUGUUUGAAAGUGAAACCAGUUUUUUCAUGCAGGCUCUGUCAAUCAUAGCAUGUGGCUAGGGCUGCAUAAACAGAAACAAAGUGAUUUAACUCCUAAAUGACAGUGAAUUGAGCAGUGAAAUUGCAGGGGAAUGAUCUAUACACUAAAACUGCUUUAUUUAGCUAAAGUAAUUUAGGUGACUAUAGUGUUCCUUUAAUUAAACAGAACUUGCAAUAAAGGAAGGAUAAACAUGACUCUUUACAUGAAGUGUUUAUGAAGGCUGUGCAAGUCACAUGCAGGGAGGUGUGACUAGGGUUUAUAAACAAAGUGCUUUAACUCCUAAUUUGCAGAAAAUUGAGCAUUGAGACUGUAGGGGCAUGAUCUAUACACCAAAACGGUUUAAUUAGGCUAAAGUUGUUUUGGUUGCUAUAGUGUCCUUUUAAGCUGUCGUCCUCUCUGCUUCUCUCCUCAGGCCGUGGUCGUGGUGAAGCUGCUAUAUACACAAGAGCAAUUGAGGAAGGAGAGCCUGGAUUUGGCCGUGGGAACCGAGAGAUUCACAGGAGCCAAAGCUGGGAUGACAGGUUAAAGCCGUUUCUGUACAUCUAACUGUAAACUAAUCAUUUGGUUUUCUUCCCAGUCACAUUGUAAACUCCACAUAUAACUUCUGUGUGGGUUUAUAUAGCACAAGAGGGGAAACACUGCUUCUAUACCAAAACUCAGAGUUUUUUCAUUUUACAGGGGGGAGAGGAGAUUUGAGAAGCCAAUUCGCAGAGAAGCAGGUAUGUAUUGCUACAUCCAUUUCUUUUCUCUAUAAUCCUUGCUGGGACUGAUUGUUUGAUAGUUGUAUAUUGAUUUUUGAGUGAAGCCCCUUGUGUUCAGGUGCUUAGACACUGCCUGCUUGGCAGUAUUGUUUCUAUUGGCACCUCUAAGUGAUUUGUUUUUUGUCCAUAUUGUUCUGCAGUAUUAAAAUGACCCUCCAUACCCCCAAAGCAUUGUAAAUAAUGUUUUUUUUGUUUGUUUGUUUUUUACAAAAGUCUAGAUUUUAAGAUAUUGUCACUUUUAUAAGUAAACCCUGUACCCCCUGAAUCCAUCCCUCCCCUCUCUCCUGCUGCCAGUCUGACACGCGGUCCUGUUACUUCCUGGUUGUUUAGCUCAGUGGAACAAAACCCAAGAGGCAGCGAUUGCCAAGAACAUGUGCUUUGCAUUGUUUUGAUUGAGCUACAUUGGGAAGUCUGUGAUUGAACAGCCACAGAAAGUCUGGCUUAGGUUGGAAGGGGAAGGACUUGCAAAGUCUGCAGACAAAAUAUCUGCACCUUUUGCAAGUUGUUUUUAGCAAUACUUUUGCUAAAGAAAAAUGUAUAAUUAAAUGUGUUUUGUUUGUUUUUUUGGAGGGGAGGUAUUUUUUAGAGAUAUGUUGAUAAACAGUGACUUGCAUCUUUUUUUUUUUUUUUCUCUCCAAAGUGUUCCUUUAAAUGAUAACAUGUCUAUUUGAAUAGGUACCUUUGUCUGAUAUCUGAGAUAUACUUUACUGCACCUCAGACAUAACUUGUUCCUACUCAUGGGUUCUUUUUGUUGGGUUACCCUCUUCACAGUUCGUGUUGGAUUUGAAGAAACCUCGGGUCCAUCUCGGAAGGAAUUUGCCCGCUCAGACAGUGACAAUUGGCGGACACUGAGGGAUGGACAAGAGGAAGAUGAGGAUGGCAACUGGAGGCUGGCAGUAACUCGAAGGGAUGAGCGUUGGAGGUCCACUAGUCCUGGAGCUAGCACUGGAGGUAUAUGAACUCCAGUCUUAUUCCAUUCAUCUUUUCCUUUGCAAACAUUCAUUUUCAUAUUAAAAUUCAAGUUAACGUUGACUUUUUGUAUUUGCAUUGUAUCACUCAGAGAUGCCACGGUCAGCUGGUUGGAGGGAUCAUGCAGAACGUCGUAGAAAGUUUGAUUUUGAUAUUGGACGGGAAGAUAGCGGAGCCACUCCUCGUGGGCGAGGAGAUGGCAAUCAUGAUGAUGAAAGGGAUGGCUUGCCUGAGUGGUGCAUGGAAGAUGAAGAUGAUGAAAUGGGGACCUUUGACUCUUCAGGGGCUUUUCUUUCAUUCAAGGUAGCAUUAUUCAAAUAUUUUGAGUUACAUGUGAUUGCCAGCUUUGUGGUCAGUGUAGUAGCCUGUUUGAGCAGUGCCCCACCCCCAUUAGUGCUUUAUUCCUCCCUCCCCCAUCCAAUGCUUCUUAUAGACUGUUGGGCACAAAGUCUAGAGGAAAAUCCAUCUUCCUGUCUGUGCAGCCCAGAAGCUUUAUAAAAGAACACGUUUCUCUAUUAACCCCUUCAACACUUCAGUAAGCUGAAGGAGUUAGCGGUUUAGCGUUUUCCUUUCAUUGUUUCGGUAAUCCAAGGAAAUUUGUUGGACAUCUUUGGACUCGGUGUUAGUAUUCAAAAACUAAAAUAGUGCUUUUUUUAAAAACCUCUUUCUAUCUAACCAAAUAGAAGCGUUUUUACUUACAUGGAUUUUGCGGAAUGCAAUCUUUCCUGUAGAGCCUCACUCACCCUCAUUUAUACUUCCAUUAUGAUUACCAGCCUGUAUAGAUAUGAGAGGUCAUUGGUAUGAUGCUUGAACAUUUACUGAAAAUGUACAGGAAGUUAGUCUGAAUGGGUCACACCAUUCCUUCAGUUGUGCAUGGCAGAGGAGUGAAUGGACUCUACCAUUGCACUAUUGGCAUUUCAUUAUCAAUCUAGAGAUAAAUGAUUGCUAUAGGAGUUUUAAAUAACUUUAUUUUAGAAAUAUAAGACACGUAUGUGGGCAUUAUGCCCAAGAUUUACAGUCUGUGAUCAUUUUCAGUAAGCUGUACUGCUGUAUUUGACAAUUUUAAUUUAUUUUUGUCACACCUGUAUGGUAUAAAAAUUUGUUAUAUGCUAGUUAUGCACCGCUUCAAAAGUUUGUCUUACCCUUAAGGACACAGGCCAUUUUUUGCUGUUUGUGUUCUAACGCAAUUUGCAUCUCUCAUUUAUUGCAACAACACAUAACUUGUCUCCAUUUUUUCACCAGUUUAUGUCAAUGUUUGUGGUGGGGGGGGGGAAAUUGCAUUUUUACAUAUAUGUUGCAUUUUUGCUGAGUAUUUCUUGCAUUUAUGUACCACUGUCAUAAAAAUCCACAAAUUAUGCUCAGUUACAUCUUCUGACUAAAACAAUAUGCCCAAUGUAUGACCUAGACACUAUUUUGUGAAGUUACAGUGCUGUAAAAGAGACGUGACAAAUUCAGGUUUUUAAGUGUGAAUUUUCAUGGAGGGUUUUGAUGCGUCCGUGUCCCACUUUGGAGCACUUGAGCAGGCUACAUAUUACAAUUACACCAUAAAGGUAUACCAUUUCUUAAAGAAGACAUCCCAGGGCAAUUCAAAAGGCAUAUUUUGAACCUUAGCGUGAUAUAAUAUUUCCGCUAGCUUGUACCAAGUGUAGUGGUAAUAAGUAUUUUUUCUGCCUUUUUGACACACACAGUGAGUUUGCACAGUAUGUUUUGCAAACCUUAUGUGUGAUAUGACUGUAUAAUACUACAUAUGUUGCUCAGCUAUGUCGGCUGAGUACAGCAAUACCCCCACAUGUACCUUUGCCAGGUAUAUGUGGACAUGGAAGGGGCACAUUUGAGACACAGCCAUUCCAGUUUUUUUUGUGUUUUUUGAAUUUUUACGCUGUGUCCAUGUCCCAUUUUAUCUACCGGGUUAUAUAAUCCAAUUACCCCAUAAAGGUAUACCAUUUCUUAAAGAAGACCUCACAGGGCAAUUCAAAAGGCAUAUUUUGAACUUUAGCGUGGGAUCAUUUUUCCUUAAAGGGCAAUACAUCCCAGGGCCAUAGUCGAAGGGCAGGAGGCUGGCAAACAGGCCAGUGGCGCGGUUACUUUCGCCACACCGUGCAUGUAGUGAAGGGGUUAAAAACAAGGGUUUAGUUUAGGAUCCUUUAAACAAACACAAUAGCGCUAGGAAUAUAAAUGUGUAUUCCUAACGCUAUAGUGCUCUGUUGGUUGUGUAGUUGGUCGUCCUUUUCUCCUUCACAGCUCCGAUCUCUGCAGAGAAAUGCUGCUUCCUUGGCUGAGGUAAUAUAAAUCAAUGAUCUUGGCCAAUCUUUCCGAUAGGGAAGCAUUCAGAUGGAGAGCUACAAGGUGUGCGCGGCGAUAUGGGGUUAGCCUUAGUAAAUGACGGAAAUUUUCUGUUAACGCUCCUUAACUGAAGGACAAGGUUGAUGGAAAAUUUCCGGCUCCGGUCUGGAUGGAGUGAUAUCUAUAUCUUAUGCUUAUAUUGUUUGAAACCGUGCAUGUAGUGAAGGGGUUAAAAACAAGGGUUUAGUUUAGGAUCCUUUAAAUAAACACUAUAGUGCUAGGAAUUCAGAUGGGGAGUUACAAGGUGUAUUAGCACAGAAUUCAGAUGGGGAGUUACAAGGUGUAUUAGCACAGAAUUCAGAUGGGGAGUUACAAGGUGUAUUAGCACAGAAUUCAGAUGGGGAGUUACAAGGUGUAUUAGCACAGAAUUCAGAUGGGGAGUUACAAGGUGUAUUAGCACAGAAUUCAGAUGGGGAGUUACAAGGUGUAUUAGCACAGAAUUCAGAUGGGGAGUUACAAGGUGUAUUAGCACAGAAUUCAGAUGGGGAGUUACAAGGUGUAUUAGCACAGAAUUCAGAUGGAGUUACAAGGUGUAUUAUCACAGAAUUCAGAUGGAGAGUUACAAGGUGUAUUAGCACAGAAUUCAGAUGGAGAGUUACAAGGUGUAUUAGCACAGAAUUCAGAUGAAGGGCUAUAGGUGGAAAUAUCUGUAGCUUAUUGCCGAUUUAAGGCCAAUAAUAGCUUUUACUUUAUAGAUUUGUUGUCUAGUGUACAAACUAUGGUUUAUUUUGUAAUUAUAGGAUGGGACUGAUAAGAUUGAACCAUACGAAUGUUGAGAAUAGGACUUCGGGUUACACUGGUAAUCUGUGGAUUGCUUCACCUUUUAGAUAUUUUUUUCUUAAUAUUUCAGAAAUGUUCUAAAGAAACUAUUCUCGAGGAACAAGAGCUAGAGUUCCAAGGAGUGGAGGACGAGGAGGAGGAAAAAGCAGGCGAUACUGCCGAACGGACUCAUAGUAAGUCCCAGUCAGUCCAGCUGUCUCACUUACACAAUACCGAAUACAUAAGUUUGCUUUCUGCAGAAACUGCUAAAAAUACACCAUAUAUUACUUUCCUUCCUCAUCGCUACUGGAGGAAUAUCCCAGAUGUGGGUAUAUGUAGAAAUUGAUUUAAUCAAAAUGUACGGCAUGAGUUUGUUCCAUUAAUUUGUUGAAAGUACUGGAUGUUGGGCCUUGAAGAGAGGCCAGAUGAACGUCUUAGCUGGUGCACAAAGGCUAAGAUUCGGCUUCCUUCUGUCUGAACCACAGUUUUAGUUUGAACUUCUAUCUAUUCAACAUAGGAUUCUUCUUUGUAUUCUAUGUGGAAUUCUAGAAGAUAAAAUAAGGAUUGGCAGAUUUGGUUAUAGCUGUAAUUUAAGAUGUAUGAAUGCAUGAAGAAGAACUUUGUGUUCCUAUUUAGAGAUGAUCGAACCCUUAUACCAAAAUGUUAUUUUACUAUUCUGAUCAGGGCUGAACAUUUUGAAGUCCUAUGCUAUUAGCCAGGCCUUAGAAGUUACUUGCCACUGGAAGUCGUGGUAUUCUCACCAGAGGUGAAUUUCUACUCGCCAGAACUACAUUUUCAUUUGCCAAAGCUCUAAUAAAAUGUGUUUUUUUUGCAGAUAAUGGGAUCUCUCUUGCAGCUGAAGAUAUCAGCCAUGAACCAAGCUCCAUAUCCCCUGAUCCUGCUAAUUCCCUCUGGACAACAGGGAUUUAUGCAGACAUGGAGGGAGAGAGGUGCCCUGAAAUCUCCUCCACAGAUGGGGAGGAUGGUGCUUUAGGGGAGCAACAGCAGGGCUCUGGAGAAGAAGGUAUAAUAAUUGAAAAGUAAUUUUUAGGUUUGGUCUGGAAACAGAUCUAAAGGAGUUUGAAAGUUUUAUUACAGUGAAGUUUCGCUAAUAGUUUUCCCAUUGCCCACAGGUGACCCUGGACAUUUUUCCUCUUCUCUUUCCCCUCUUUCCUCCCUUUCUUCUCUUCCACCACCCUCCUCUUCCCCCCCAGUCGCUGCUACUGAAUUCUCUGUGGGGGAUCCAGAGGAGGAUGAAGGCAUGAAGCAUCUACAGCAGGUGAGAACAAACAUUUAAUGUAAUGGAUGGGAUGGUUCCCCAGCACAGCCACUACGGGAAUGUGACAUGUUCUCCUCUUUCCUUUUAUAGGAAGCUGAGAAGCUUGUGGCCUCUCUACAGGACUCUUCUCUUGAGGAAGAUGGUUUCUCCUCUACCCGUUCUCACAGUGCUGCUGCCCUUCCCCUCUCACAUGAGGCGGCCAUGAAAUGGUUUUACAAGGAUCCUCAGGGGGAGAUCCAGGGUUGGUAUUUCAGUAUCCCACAGUAACUGGUUUAUUUCUGUUUUUUCUCAUGUUUUCGUUUAUGUUUUUAUGCCAUUCUCUUUUCACAUGGAGUUCAUGUUUUCAUUGUCGUCCUGUCUCCUACCUCUGCAUUGUUUUCUCAUUCCUUCUUACCCAUCUUCCCACUUCCUAUCCAUAUUGCUGCCCGUUGCUCCACAUUUUCCACCCAUUAUGGCAGUUUAUGUACUAUACAAACCCCAACAGUAGAUGGUGUCCAUUCUUGUAUUAUGUCUUAAGGUAUCUCUGUCCCCUGUCUUCUGUGGUGUCAGCUCCUUUCCAUCAUAUACCCCCUUCUCUUGCCUAGCUUAUCCUCUUUUUCAUUGUACCUCCUCCAGCAUCUCAGUGCUCCUAACAUCCCCUCUAUCCACCCAAUCUAGUGUCAGAUGUCCCCGGUAAUUGCGGUCUGUCCAUUUCCUGUUAUUUCUAAUUCAUAGUUUUGUCAUUUAAGCCUUACCUGAUUGAUAACCUUUGUUCCUCCUUAGGUCCGUUCAGUACCCAGGAGAUGGCAGAGUGGUGCCAAGCUGGAUACUUUACCAUGUCUCUCUUGGUAAAGCGAGGGUGUGACGAGGGUUUCCAGCCACUGGGGGAAGUAAUUAAAAUGUGGGGGAGAGUUCCCUUUGCCCCUGGCCCUUCCCCUCCUCCCCUGCUGGUGAGAUAUUAUUGCGUGUUAUGUAAAGUGAAUAUGUAUAAAGUGUAAAGUUUCUAAGUGGUAUUUGGUUAGCAGUUCUGGCUGGUAGAGCUGAUCUUUAGAUAUUUUAGUUAAAUGUGAGUGCAACAUAUAGUUCUGUUACAUUUGGGGAGUGGUUCUAUGGGUCUGUUACGUUUGGGGAGUGGUUCUAUGGGUCUGUUACGUUUGGGGAGUGGUUCUAUGGGUCUGUUACGUGUGGGGAGUGGUUCUAUGGGUCUGUUACGUGUGGGGAGUGGUUCUAUGGGUCUGUUACGUGUGGGGAGUGCUUCUAUGGGUCUGUUACGUGUGGGGAGUGCUUCUAUGGGUCUGUUUCGUGUGGGAAGUGCUUCUAUGGGUCUGUUUCGUGUGGGAAGUGCUUCUAUGGGUCUGUUUCGUGUGGGAAGUGCUUCUAUGGGUCUGUUUCGUGUGGGGAGUGGUUCUAUGGGUCUGUUUCGUGUGGGGAGUGCUUCUACGGAUCUGUUUCGUGUGGGGAGUGCUUCUAUGGGUCUGUUUCGUGUGGGGAGUGGUUCUAUGGGUCUGUUUCGUGUGGGGAGUGCUUCUAUGGGUCUGUUUCGUGUGGGGAGUGCUUCUAUGGGUCUGUUUCGUGUGGGGAGUGGUUCUAUGGGUCUGUUUCGUGUGGGGAGUGCUUCUACGGAUCUUUCGUGUGGGGAGUGCUUCUACGGGUCUGUUUCUAUUUCGUGGCUUCUAGUGGUAUGGGUCUGUUUCGUGGGGAGUGCUUCGGAUCUUUCGUGUGCUUCUUGGUCUGUUUCGUGUGGGGAGUGCUUCUACGGGUCUGUUUCGUGUGGGGAGUGCUUCUACGGGUCUGUUUCGUGUGGGGAGUGCUUCUACGGGUCUGUUUCAUGUGGGGAGUGCUUCUACGGGUCUGUUUCGUGUGGGGAGUGCUUCUACGGGUCUCUUUCGUGUGGGGAGUGGUUCUAUGGGUCUUUUUCGUGUGGGGAGUGCUUCUAUGGGUCCGUUGCUUGUUGGGAGUGGUUCUAUGGGUCCGUUGCUUGUUGGGAGUGGUUCUAUGGGUCCGUUGCUUGUUGGGAGUGGUUCUAUGGGUCUGUUGCGUGUGGGGAAUUGUUGGUUUGACGAUUGUGAUGAAUUUGUUUUUGUAAUGCAAAUACAGGUGGUCCUUACUUUGCAACCUACCUAUUUUGCGACUGCUCGCACUUACGACCAGCUCUCUAGCAUGGGGAUUCAAGGGAUUCCCCACGUUAGAGAGCUGGUCUAUGUUUGGGCAAUUUUUCCCCAAACAUAGAUUAGAGGGAUUUCCUGAUCUGUGCGUAUGGAAAUUUUCUCCGUAACCAGAGCAGGGAAUCCCUCUAAUAUAUGUUCGGGGAACGUUCCUCGAACAUAGAUUUGAGGGAUUCCCUGCUCUGCUGCACUUGUCUGUGUUCGGAGAAAUUUCCCGAACAUAGAGCUGCACUGCUGCGCAUGUGCCUCACUAACCGACCAAUUUGUUUUACAACCGGGUCGUAAGAAUGGAACCCAGUCGGUAAGUGAGGAGUAUCUGUAUACAAAAAUCAGUCCUGAGCUAAAACCCCCACUACUCCUGGGCAGCAGCAAUUACUAGUCAGCCCCAAUACAUGUAAUCAAAAUGCACUAUCAAAAAUCUUUAUGCACAAAUAACUGGGGGUUGUUUAGCUUCAGGUAAAAAAAUCCAAAUAUGAGACAGGAGGGGUGAUUUUCUUCUAAACCCCUACAUGCUUAUUAACCCUUAAUGGGUAACUAUAGUGCCCCUUCCCUUGCAGCCACUAGAGAUGAAGUUAAUCCUCCAGUGCAAUUAUUGCAGUAAUUAUCAUUGCAGGGUUAAGGGACCUGGAUGCCUAUAAUGUCCCUUUAAUAGGGAACACAUGGGGUGGGUGGAAUCAUUGUUUUGGAAUAUUGGUGACAAACCAAUAAAUAAACCAAUGGUAGUUUUUAUUGUUCCAUUACAGAGAACACAGCAAUCUCCAGUACUAACAUCAGGUUAUUGUUACUUUUAUAUGCAGUCUGUUUAGCUUGUGGGAUUUAUUUAUUUUUUUAACCUACAGGGAAAUAUAGAUCAGCAGUGUUUGAAAAAACAGCAGGAAUUAGCUCUGUAUCAGCAGCUGCAGCAUCAGUACCUGCUCCAACUCCUCAAUAAGUAAGUAUCGGCCUGCCCAGCUAUUCACUCACUCUGCCUCUCGUUAUUGGCUAGUAAUGACCCAACCACUAACCCUAUUAUUUAUUUGCUGCCACCUGAAUCUUCUGCCCUCAUUCUUGGUCAAUUAUAACAUAGAAACAUAGAAUGUGACGGCCGAUAAGAACCAUUCGGCCCAUCUAGUCUGCCUAAUUUUCUAAAUACUUUCAUUAGACCCUGGCCUUAUCUUAUAGUUAGGAUAGCCUUAUGCCUAUCCCACGCAUGCUUAAACUCCUUUACUGUGUUAACCUCUACCACUUCAGCUGGAAGGCUAUUCCAUGCAUCCACUACCCUCUCAGUAAAGUAAUACUUCCGGUUAUUAUUUUUAAACCUUUGUCUCUCUAAUUUAACUCUGCUCUUGUUGUGGUAGUUUUUCUUCUUUUAACCUGGUUAUCCGCUACAGGCCACAGUACUCCCCCCAGCAGAAAUCUGGAGAGUUGACUCCUCAGCAGCAGCAACAGCUGACUUUGUUCCUGCAGCAGUUGAACCCUUCAAAAUCCAGGUGAUUAUGUGAUGUCUAUAUAUAAUAGAAUACAGAGGCAUUUUUAGUUUUCGUUAGGAUUCCCAAAUUCCUCUUAAUGUGAUCUUAUCUUCCUCCCCCUUAGAGGGCCUGAUGCCUCCUCACUCCUUCCUGCUAUGAACAGAUCUCUCUCUGUGCCAGACACUGGAUCCCUGUGGGAUCUGCAUACCUCAGCUACGCAGACAGCAGGUGAGCUAUUCUCCAUGCAGAGGGUGCUGCUCUGUGAAUAGUGUUUUAUUCUUUUAUACCUGUUGGCUUAGGCAGCCCUGCUAGUGCAUUCGUUGAAUCUAUUCUUUUACUCGUAGGUGGGGACUCUGCAAUAUGGGACCUGCCUGCUGCAUCUCAGGGGCCAAUAUUGGAACAGCUGCAACUGCAACAGAAGGUACAGUAUGUCCACAGCUGGCUGUACUCUGAAAUGGCGAGGCAGCUGGAGAUGAUUAAAAUGCUCAUCAGCAAAUCAGAGCUAUGAAUAGUAACAGUGCCUCCUGGUGUUUAUUUUGUGCCUGUCUGUAUGAAAUAACUAUUUCAUUGAAAUGUGGGUGGGUGGUAUUUUCUUCUAAAGUGCAGUUUUAACAGAAUAGCAUACAGGACCCUUUGAACUGGUGGAAUUGCAAUGGUGUAUGUAGAUGCAAGCAGUGAUAAAACCGUUCAAGAGAAAAAGUAUAUGGACACACAGAAAGGAAGGGAUUACUGGUAAAACGGUGAAGGAGUAGUGCAACCAUAGCUAAUCUUUGUGCCUGCUCAGCUGCAGGAACGCAGAGAUGCAGAACUCAGGGCUAAGAGGGAAGAAGAGGAAAGGAAAAGGCGUGAAGAGAAAAGACGCCAGGAAGAACUGAAACGGCGAGACCAGGAAGAAGAGCUCUACAGACGCAAACAGGUUUGUUUCCUUUAUGCGUUCCCAUCUCCUAGUCUCUGCAUAUGGCCAGCUGUGUCUUGCACCACUCUCACCAGUAAGACCGGCGGUCAAGCAGUACAGUGUGCUUACAUGGCACGUUGUACAUUUUACAUACAUCAGUUCCUUGCUCUAACACAUGCGCAAGACCUCAGCUUUUUUUGUCUCCAUUUCUUGUACACAUUCAGUGCCGCCAACAGCAGGAACUGCUGCUUAAGCUUAUCCAGCAGAGUGGACAGCCCUCGCCUCCACCACAUGGUUGGGGAUCGCACUCCAAGGGGCUGACAUUGAAAGCCAUGCUCGAGAUGCAAGAAAGAGAAGGACAACUUCUCAAGCAGAGAGGACAGUCAUCGAGGAAUGCGGUGAGAAUGCAGAGCAUUCAGGGCAGUUUGUCAUUCUUUUUGGUAACUACAUGGACCAAUUGAGUUUAAUCUGGUGACAUAAUCUCUGCUCUGCAGACAAAGCAUGGCAGCAUAAUUUCCAGAACUGAGCAGGAUUUUGUGACAUUCGUUAAUUCUUUGUCUUCAGCAUGGAGGUCUUGGAAUGUCAGGAGCUGCCAUACUCCCUUCCCAGUGGGGCUCCGACUCUGGGUCUCUGUGGGGCAGUCUAGACAAGAGCCCAUGGGAGGACAGUUUAAAGAGCGGAGUGAGCACACGAGGGCUAAGAAACAGCCGAAGCAGCCCUUCACUCACGUAAGUCAAUGUUCAGCUUAUUAAGUUCUAGUCUUAUGGAUGUCUGUACCUUCCCUCUUCUUUUAGACUGGAUUUAAAGUGUCUUGUGUCUCUUUUAUUGCCUGUCAUUGCUUGUUUGUCCAAACGCUCCUUUCUUCCUAAGUCAAUCAUUUCCAGCGAUUACCUUUCCGUCUUUUUUUCUCUCCUGUCUGUGCUUGUUCUGUAGCUCACAAUAACUCUUAUUCUUUCUCUCACCAGUGAUGCGUACUCUGCUCGCCGUAAGAAGACCGAGGAGGAAGAGAAGCUUCUAAAACUCCUGCAGGGAAUUAAACCAUCAGAUGGCUUUACUCAGUGGUGCGAACAAAUGUUACACAUUCUCAAUACAUCCAACAAUCUGGACGGUAAGAUGCAUAGAUGGCACAUUCUCUUUCUAGUAUACCACUGUCUGCUUAAUGUAUCUGAUGCGUGCUAAUCUGUCACUGUCCAUUCCCUGCGUGCUAGUUGGUCCCUGUCCAUCUCCUGUGUGCUAAUAUAUCACUGACUGUCCAUUCCCUGCGUGCUAAUCUGUCCCUGUCUAUCCCCUGCGUGCUAAUCUGUCCCUGUCUAUCCCCGCGUGCUAAUCAUUCCCUGUCUAUCCCCACGUGCUGUUCAUUCCCUGUCUAUCCCCGCGUGCUGAUCAUUCCCUGUCUAUCCCCGCGUGCUGAUCAUUCCCUGUCUAUCCCCGCGUGCUGAUCAUUCCCUGUCUAUCCCCGCGUGCUGAUCAUUCCCUGUCUAUCCCCGCGUGCUGAUCAUUCCCUGUCUAUCCCCGCGUGCUGUUCAUUCCCUGUCUAUCCCCGCGUGCCAAUCUGUCAUGGUGCUGAUCAUUCCCUGUCUAUCCCCGCGUGCUGAUCAUUCCCUGUCUAUCCCCGCGUGCUUUCUGUCUAUCAGUCUAUCCCCGCGUGCCAAUCUGUCAUGGUGCAUCCGUUAGCUGUUAGCUUGUUUUCUUACAGGCCAUGCAGUUUGCUCAUUCUAUUUGUGUCCACUUGUGGGCUAGGUAGAUCACCCUUUUUUUGUCCAUAUCAGUACCGAUAUUUAGUCUGGUUUGAGUAAUUGUUCUGUUCUCUUUAGUCCCCACAUUGGUGGCCUUCCUGAAGGAGUUGGAGUCACCCUAUGAUGUUCAUGAUUAUAUCCGCUCCUGUUUGGGAGAAACUCUUGAAGCCAAAGAAUUUGCAAAACAGUUCCUAGAACGAAGAGCAAAGUACAAAGCCAGCCAGAGACAGCAGGUACUGAACAUGGUUCUCCUCUCUGUACACCAUCUGUCCACUACACUGCGUUAUUAUACAUUGCUUGUCAUACUACUGUAUAAUAUUCUCCAUUGUUACACAGGAAAGCACCUGGUUGACUCCAUCCAUGUUCCCAACAUCCCAAAAUCUGAAGCAAAGUGGAUUUGAUGCACAGAGCAACAAGAUGAAAAGGAGGAUUCAUAUGUUACACUCAGAUCCCAGCAUUUUGGGUAUAUAAACUGUCUGUGUCUUGUAUUAGAAUGUAAUGAAUUCAUGGCUUGUUAGCCUCCAGUCCCCAAGUUUAAAUAUUACCUACCUCGGCAUUUAGCCCAUCUCGUGCCUUCUCAGUGUCUCUCAAGAUUUAACAUAUGAUGUGCCGUGGAUGAUUGUCCACGGAGUCAAGAUACAGGAAAAGAUCAGGGAGGUGGCCACAGUGAGACGUGUCUAUGUGGGAUGCUCUAGUGGGAGUAAAUUUCCAUUUGUUGGUUGUUACAGGCUUCACACAGUGGGUUCCUUUACACAAUGUACACAACAAAGGCUGCACGAACUACUGUAUGUUUUAUGCCCUCACAUACAUUGUACAAAUAACCACACUUGGCGAGAUAAGAGACAACUAAUAUGUGAGCAGAAAGUGUGCAGACACUAGGUAGAUCUUAAAGGAACACUCUGAAUAUCACCAUAUGGUGCUAGUAGUUCCUUGGCAGCCUCCCAUGGUAAGUAGUCAAGCCGCCAGGGUAUCGUAUACCUGUGCCAUACUAGAAGCAGUUACCUGUGCUUUUGGGCUUUUCUUGCUGGGGGCUCUGUUUAGUUCUGCAGAGCUCAUCAAAGCCACACAAGGCUACACUCAUUGACUGAGGGCAUCAGCAGAGCACUUUCAGCUAAAAAGCACGGCCCUGGAUCAUCUGUGCUUUCAAUGUGACAUUGGGUGUCUCCUGCAGUAGGAGCUGCUGCAGAGCGUGAGCUUUGGGGAACUUGGAAACUACUUACAGUGGGAUGGCUUCAUGGAACCAUAACCACUACAGCAAACUGGAGCAAUAAAGGUUUUUAAAGUGUUCCUUUAAGGAAAUUCCUAUCCAAUUAAUCCUGAACUUGCAUAUUAGAAGUAUCUAAUGACUGCUCUCUGCCUACCCUGAAUGUUUAUUAAAGGAACACAAUAGCCUUAAAGGAUCACUAUAGGGUCAGGAACACAAACAUGUAUUCCCUAUAGUGUUAACACCACUAUCUAGCCCCUCAUGCCUCCACAAAUAUAGAAAUCUUACUGUAUUCAAGCCUGAAGCUGUAACUCUGCAUGCUGUUUGCCUCAAAAAAACAAGCAGUCUGCUGACAUCAUCAGAAGUGGUAGCCUGAUCCAAUCACAGUGCUUCCCCAUAGGAUUGUCUGAGACUGACAAAGAGGCAAAUCAGGAGCAGAGCCAGCAUGAUUCAAACAGCUCUGCCCAAUCAGCAUCUCCCCAUAGAGAUGAAUUGAAUCAAUGAAUCUCUAUGAGGAAAGUUCAGUGUCUGCAUGCAGAGGGAGGAGAUACUGAAUGUUUGGAUGCAUUUUAGGCAGCCAUGACCCAGGAAGGAUCUCUAACAGCCACCUGAGGAGUGGCCAGUGAAGUUAUCACUAGGCUGUAAUGUAAACACUGCAUUUUCUCUGAAAAGACUGUGUUUACAGCAAAAAGCUUGAAGGUAAUGAUUCUACUCACCAGAACAAAUUCAAUAAGCUGUAGUUGUUCUGGUGACUAUAGUGUCCCUUUAAUACAAGCAUGACAAUUAAAAAAUAAGUAAAUAAUAAUAAUUUUAUUGGUAUCCAUGUUACUGUCCUACCUUCUUGACUGAGAUCAUCAAUUUUGAUGAUCUCAGCUAAUCCGGUACUUCACUAGGGAUGCUUUAUGAGGCUAGCGCGCAUGUGCAGCAAUUCACUGACACAAUCAUAAUAUCCUCACGUAGAUGCACUGAAACAAUACAUCUCUAUCGGGAGUGUUCAGGGGCUCCAGGCAGAGUGCAAACAUUGCAAGACCUCCAAGGUGACACUAUAUGCAGCAAGACCACUUCAUGUCAUUAAAGUGCUCUGGGUGCAAUGUCACCUUAACCCCGCUAUUGAAAACUGGUUGCCGUUUUAAUUGCAAUGUUAAGACAGCCAGUAGAGGCGCUUCCUGACAUUUCGUAGUUUGACUCCGUGAAACAACGCUGGACAUCCUCGCGCUUCUUCUAAGUCCCCAAUAUUAAGGCAUUGAAUCAAGGGACGGGAAGGCCUUAUGCGUGCAUGGUGUUUGCGGUGCAUGCGCAGUUAGUUCCCCCUUUGUGGUGGUGGCGAUGAAGCCUGUGCCCAGAGACUUUGGCGCUGCAAUUAGGUAAGUAGUUAAAGGGUUGCAGGAGGGGGUGGCAGAGCAACACUGUAGUGUUAGGGAUACAGCUUUGUAUAGUGUUUCUUCAACUAUGAAGGCGCUCUCUUGGCGGUCGUUUACUCAUAAAAAGCAACAUAUACAAUGUUCUGCAAGCAGGGACAGGCUGUUUGCCCCACAGCCACUACAAUGAUCUGUCUCUUUAACUCCGCGUUUGUUAGGAUGUUAUUCAUAGAGUUCAAUGAGUUGUCGUUUAUUUUUUUAUUUAUUUUUUUGCAUGACUGGUUCACACUUCCUAAUGUGUAUAUGUGGGUAUACACAAUAUAUUCUGUUUGAUAUUGUGUUAUUUAGGAAUUUUCAUAACUAUAAAAUAUACAUUUUCACAAUGUUUUCUCUCCUUUCCCUCACCCCAUCCCAAUUUCUAUCCCUUCUGUGCAGGAUACUCCCUCCACGGCUCCUCCGGUGAAAUGGAAGCCAUUGAUGACUACUGAGGCGCGUUUUUUACUUCAACGCCAUCUUUAAUUCACCUGUCGCACUAUUUGCGGCAAUAAUGCACUGCAAACUUUGCCCCUCCCUUUGCAUGAUGUGUCUGGGGAAGGGACAAGGACUGGGAGACGAGGGGUGACAGUUACCCUAACCAGAGCCAGGGAGGAGGGGGUGGAGCUAGAGAGGGGAUUCCCUCAAUCCCCCCCCCCCACUCCCCAAAACUUUGAUGCACUCAUUUUAAAGCACCUUAAAUAAUGCACUUUACAGAAACUGAUCAAAAAUCUGAAUUAUUCCUGUUUUUGACCCUUUUUUUUUUUAUCAAAAAAGAAAAAAAAACAUUAAAAAUGGAGGGGAGAACUGGAUUUACCGACGUUUGACUGUUUUGUUUUUUUUUGUUUAACAUUUUGUGUUUAGACGUGUUUUUUUUUUUUGUUGUUGUUUUUUUAUGGGGUUUUUGGUUUUGUCUUUCUUUUUUUUUUGACAGUUUCUGACUUUUUUUUUUUAUGUAUCAACAAGUGAAGUUUUU